AUGCCCUCCUCCUCUCCAGCCCCCCCAAACCCAAACCCUUCCACCUCAACAACCACCACCACAACCCCCUCCGACUCCCUCGAAACCGACCUCCUCGCCCACCUCGCCUCCACCUCCGCCCUCGACGACAUCCACACAAACCUCCUCUGCUACCUGCAGCGCAUGGGAUGGACCGAGAAAAUCCGCACGCUCUCGCUCGAACUCCUCCGCGCUGGACGAUGCGAGCGCUUCGAUGAGGUUGUGGACGCGGUGAUUGCGUCUGCCGAGUGUCGGGCGCAUCCGGCUGGAAAUGCGAAUGGGAAUACUAGCAAUGGGGGGAAUGGGAUGGGGCUUAGUGCUGACGCUGAGGCGUAUUUGGAGAACGUGGAUGUGCGCAUUCCCGCGGUUGUUGUUGAACAUGGCGUACGCAUGGUUAAGGAGGUUUUGAAGGACGUUGUGGUUUGGGAGGAUGGAUCGGCGCUGGAUGAUUCGCUUGAUACUGGGAGGGGGAGUCUUUCUGGAGCGUCUGGGAAGAGGCUGGAUAGGGAGGACUCGGGCGAUUCGUCGGGCAAGGGCAGGAACGGUGAUGCUAGUCCCGUUAAGAAGACAGGGAAGAAACCCAACCCAGGGAAGAAUGUCAAGUGAUUGCGGUUACGUGGAGCAGGGGCUGUAUAUGCAUUGCAUUGAGGGAGUUCUUGUCUAUGAAGCAUGGGGUGAGACCGUCACCAGGCGUUUUUGGAUAGGUCGGGGCGAGGUCGGGGAGUUCAUUUUUUGUAUUCAUUCUGGAGUUGGGAGGACUUUGGCGCAUUCACUUCUCUUUUCGUGAUAGAUACCGUAAUCCGCUGUACUGGCAGCAAUAGUACCACUCAUAUCAGACAUCGAAACUUGUUGUCACAUUGCUAUUAGAACGUAGAGAUGCUUGAUCACAUAAAAUAUUUAACGUCCACAAUUCAUAGUACGUAGAUC